CAAAUGCAGAUGUUGGACCAUGUCAGAAAUCUUGUCAAGAGCAUGGACUGUUUCACACAGAGUGGAGAUAUGGCUUCUGAUCCUGGUGGCUUAUUUACUCCAAAGAAAUGUGAACUCGGGACAUAUGCCAACAAAAGCUGCAGAUCCGGAAGCAUUCAUGAAUGUUAGUGAAAUCAUCAAACACAAGGGUUAUCCCAGUGAGGAGUAUGAAGUUGUAACUGAAGACGGGUAUAUCCUAUCUGUGAACAGAAUCCCUCAAGGACUGACACAAUUCAAAAAGGAAGGAUCCAGGCCAGUGGUGCUACUGCAGCAUGGCCUUCUUGGGGAUGCUAGCAACUGGAUUUCCAACCUGCCCAACAACAGCCUCGGUUUCAUUCUGGCGGAUGCUGGCUUUGAUGUGUGGAUGGGAAACAGCAGAGGAAAUACCUGGUCUCGGAAACACAAGACUCUCUCUAUAGAUCAAGAUGAGUUCUGGGCUUUCAGUUAUGAUGAAAUGGCUAGGUUUGACCUUCCCGCUGUGAUAAACUUUAUCUUACAGAAAACAGGCCAGAAAAAGAUCUAUUAUGUUGGCUAUUCACAAGGCACCACCAUGGGCUUUAUUGCAUUUUCCACGAUGCCAGAGCUAGCUCAUAAAAUCAAAAUGUAUUUUGCCUUAGCCCCUAUAGCCACUGUUAAAUAUGCAAAAAGUCCUGGUACCAAAUUUCUGCUGCUGCCAGAUAUGAUGAUCAAGGGAUUAUUUGGCAGACAAGAAUUUCUGUACCAGACUAGAUUUUUCAGACAGCUCUUUAUCUACCUUUGUGGCCAGAUGAUUCUUGACCAAAUCUGCAGCAACAUCAUUUUACUUCUGGGGGGAUUCAACACGAACAAUAUGAACAUGAGCCGAGCAAAUGUCUAUGUGGCCCAUUCGCCUGCUGGGACAUCUGUGCAGAAUAUUCUUCACUGGAGCCAGGCAGUGAAUUCUGGUGAACUCCGUGCCUUUGACUGGGGAAGUGAGACCAAAAAUCUGGAGAAAUGCAACCAACCCACUCCCAUAAGGUACAAAGUCCGUGAUAUGACGGUCCCCACAGCAAUGUGGACUGGAGGUCAGGACUGGCUUUCAAACCCAGAUGACGUGCAAACACUGCUUUCUGAAGUGACCAACCUCAUCUACCACAAGAACAUCCCUGAAUGGGCUCACGUGGAUUUCAUCUGGGGGAUGGAUGCCCCUCACCGUGUGUACAAUGAAAUCAUACAUCUGAUGAAGUGGGAACCCAGCCAUUCCCAGGGAACCUGCAAGGUCACGUUGUGAAGAUCCUGCUGUUGGCAAGCCUUGCAACAGCGUCACAUAGCGUGUAUCCUGGAGUGCUCUGGAAUCCUUUUUGCAGCCAACCGUGACAGUGCAACACCAGUUGACUCUGGGGAGUUCCUUCAUGGCCUCUUCUUUGUCUGCUGGCUCUCUCUUGACUCCAUCUCCUUUCUCCCUCUAUCUCUGCUUGGUUGUGGGCGGAGUCACAAGAGAAGGAUUUUUUGAAGGAAUUUAUGGGCUUGGAAAUGUGCUGUAUCAGUUACACAGAAGGACAGAGAUGCGGGGAUGCCAGAAGACCUGCCUGUCCAAACAAAACUUCAGGCUUCCUUGUUGGAUGCAAAAGCAGAUGCUUGCCCUUUUUUUUCAGUUGAUGAAGCUAAGUUGGUGAAGAUAGGUUUCCAGUGCUCAGGAUCUUCUGCCAUCUUGCAGGGUAGUCGUUACUUGACCGACAGAAAGUUUCUAGACAUUCAUUAUAUCAUUCAUCCUUUCCGAACUAAUUUCUGUUUCUGUAAGUUAAAUUUUGGUGUGGUAAAGUAAAAGGAAGAAGUGGCACAUAGAUUAAAAUUGUAAAUCUUUGGACUGU